CACUCCUAGGCCUUUCUCUGCCUCUAUGGUGGAUAGUGGAGUGUUUCCCAUGUGGUAUUGGUGCGCUGGAUAUCCCUUCACUGGUAGCCUGGUAACAUAAUUAUACUCCCAGGCCUUUCUCUGCCUCUGUGGUGGAUAGUGGAGUGUUACCCAUGUGGUAUUGGUGUGCUGGAUAUCCCUUCACUGGUAGCCUGGUGACAUAUUAUCCCAGGUCUUUCUCUGCCUCUGUGGUGGAUAGUGGAGUGUUUCCCAUGUAGUAUUGGUAUGUUGGAUAUCCCUUCACUGGUAGCCUGGUAACAUACACUCCCAGGUCUUUCUCUGCCUCUGUGGUGGAUAGUCGAGUGUUACCCAUGUGGUAUUGGUGUGCUGGAUAUCCCUUCACUGGUAGCCUGGUAACAUACACUCCCAGGUCUUUCUCUGCCUCUGUAGUGGAUAGUGGAGUGUUUCCUAUGUGGUAUUUGUGUGCUGGAUAUCCCUUCACUGGUAGCCUGGUAACAUACACUCCCAGGUCUUUAUCUGCCUCUGUGGUGGAUAUUGGAGUGUUUCCCAUGUGGUAUUGGUAUACUGGAUAUCCCUUCACUGGUAGCCUGGUAACAUACACUCUAAGGUCUUUCUCUGCCUCUGUGGUGGAUAGUGAAGUGUGUCCCAUGUGGUAUCAGUGUGCUGGAUAUCCCUUCACUGGUAGCCUGGUAACAUACACUCCCAGGUCUUUCUCUGCCUCUGUGGUGGAUAGUAGAGUGUUUCCUAUGUGGUAUUGGUGUGCUGGAUAUCCCUUCACUGGUAGCCUGGUAACAUACACUCCCAGGUCUUUUUCUGCCUCUGUGGUGGAUAGUGGAGUGUUUCCUAUGUGGUAUUGGUAUGUUGGAUAUCCCUUCACUGGUAGCCUGGUAACAUACACUCCCAGGUCUUUCUCUGCCUCUGUGGUGGAUAGUGGAGUGUUUCCCAUGUGGUAUUGGUGUGCUGGAUAUCCCUUCACUGGUAGCCUCGUAACAUACACUCCCAGGUCUUUCUCUGCCUCUGUGGUGGAUAGUGGAGUGUUUCCCAUGUGGUAUUGGUGUGCUGGAUAUCCCUUCACUGGUAGCCUCGUAACAUACACUCCCAGGUCUUUCUCUGCCUCUGUGGUGGAUAUUGGCGUGUUUCCCAUGUGGUAUUGGUGUGCUGGAUAUCCCUUCACUGGUAGCCUGGUAAAAUACACUCCAAGGUCUUUCUUUGCCUCUGUGGUGGAUAGUGAAGUGUUUCCCAUGUGGUAUCGGUGUGCUGGAUAUCCCUUCACUGGUAGCCUGGUAACAUACACUCCCAGGUCUUUCUCUGCCUCUGUGGUGGAAAGUGGAGUGUUUCCCAUGUGGUACUGGUGUGCUGGAUAUCUCCUCCCAAGGUUCAGGACUUUACAUUUUUUCCUCAUUGCAUUGUAGCAGCCACUUUUUGUUCCACUCCUAAAGCUUGGUGAUGUCUUCUUGUAGGAAAUCCACAGUCAAGGGGUUAAAAAUAGGCCUUUCUGACAAACUGUUGCAAUUUUUAUAACACUCUUACUUCCCUUAUCAGAUUAUAUUAUGUUGUUUGUCCACAACACAAGUCCUGCAGCAAUACUUCCUCUCCACAACACAAGUCCUACAGCAAUACUUCCUCUCCACAACACAAGUCCUAUAGCAAUACUUCCUCUCCACAACACAAGUCCUACAGCAAUACUUCCUCUCCACAACACAAGUCCUAUAGCAAUACUUCCUCUCCAUAACACAAGUCCUACAGCAAUACUUCCUCUCCACAACACAAGUCUUACAGCAAUACAAGGAUCGUAGUGUUACGUCUACGUAAAGACGAGAAAUAAGGAAACGGUGAGUGCUGGGCUGACGUAACCUUGCCUCGACGUACAGAGAUCAAAGUGUGAAUUGAAGUUACUUAAAGAAACAUCUCGUAAGUAAGGUUGGCGUAACUUAUAUUUUGCUAGUUUAAAUGACAUAAUCUUCUCUAUACAUACAGGUCAAAGUAACAUACGACAUACGAGUUAAUUGAGGUUACUCAUAAAAACAUCUCAAAGGUAAGGUUGGUGUACCUUAUAUUUUGCUAGUUUAAAGGAUGUAAUCUUCGCUAUACAUAGAGAUCACAGUAACAUACAACAUAUGAAAUGAAUUGAGGUUACUUAUACAAACAUACCAGUGAAUUGAGGUGACUUAUACAAACAUACCAGUGAAUUGAAGUUACUUAUACAAACAUACCAGUGAAUUGAAGUUACUUAUACAAACAUACCAGUGAAUUGAGGUUACUUAUACAAACAUACCAGUGAAUUGAGGUUACUUAUACAAACAUACCAGUGAAUUGAGGUUACUUAUACAAACAUACCAGUGAAUUGAGGUUACUUAUACAAACAUACCAGUGAAUUGAGGUUACUUAUACAAACAUACCAGUGAAUUGAGGUUACUUAUACAAACACCUCGCAGGUUAAGGUUGACAUAACUUAUAUAUCGUUAGUUUAAGAGACAUAAUCUUGCCUAUACGUACAGAGAUCAAAAUAACAUAUCUCGAGGGUAGGGUUCACGUAACUUGUAUUUCAUUAGUUUAAGGUUACGUAUACUUACAAUAACGUUGUAAAGAGGGAAAGAAUAAAGGAAAGAAAGAAGGUGUGUUGAAAGGUCAUCUUAUCGCCUACAAACACCUAGAGACAAACAUUGGGGUGAGGGAGGGAGGGAAGGGUAGCACACACACACACACACACACACACACACACACA